GUUCUGAAUGUUAAAUUUGACCUUGAGAUUGAAUAUAUUUCUUAGAAUAUCACUUUGCUUAUUUUUGCUGUGGUAAAAUCUUUUGAUAUUUAUAAUGUAAUCAAUAGGUUUAAGUGAUCAUUUCAGUUAAGAAGGCUUGUACUGUAUAAUGAGAAAAUAAUUUUAGAACAGUUGACAUACAGUUGUCUAUAUAUAGUUCUAAUGAAAGAUGAAUUUAAGUCACUUUUGAUGAGCAGGUUGUCUGUUUUUAGUCAGUGUUGUUAAUGGUUAAGAUGUGACACUUUAUAGCAAUUUUAUUAGCAUGACAAUUAAGAAAAUUAUUUGUAAAAUUGUUUUUAAAAAAGAAUUGAUACUUUCAGUUAACGGGAUGCCAGCCAAUAUACACAGCAAUGGAAAAGAUUCAAGCUCUGAAUGAGUUUGAGUCUUAAAGGGUCAACAAUUCUGAGGUGGAGUUCCGCACUACCCCAGAAUUAUUGACCCUUUGCAUGAUAUUUGUCUCCGAAGGAAAACUCAAAAAAUGACAGAUAAAAUUGGUUUUCACGAAAUGAAUCUGGACGAUAGAAUUUUGCAGGCUAUUGCAACUCUUGGAUGGCAUGAACCAACUUUAAUUCAAGAAAAAGCGAUCCCUUUGGCUCUAGAAGGAAAGGAUAUUCUUGCAAGGGCGAGGACUGGAUCUGGGAAGACUGCUGCAUUUGUUAUACCGGUGAUUCAGAAAAUAUUGAUGAAGAAACAGGUGUGUAAAGAACAAAUUGUUAGGACACUUAUUCUCGUUCCGACUAAGGAACUAUCGAAGCAAAUGUGUAGAAAUGUUCAGGAACUUUGUAAGUUUUGUUCAAGAGAUGUUCGUUGUGUUGAUAUUUCUGGCCAAGUUGAUAUAAACGCACAAAAACCUAUUCUUAUGGAGAAACCUGAUAUUAUAGUUGGAACGCCUAGCAGAGUGUUAGCACAUUUACAGGCAAAGAAUUUAAUUUUAAAGGAUAGUUUGGAAACUCUUAUUAUUGAUGAAGCAGAUUUAGUAUUUUCUUUUGGUUAUGAAAAAGAUGUUGAAGAGAUAAAGAAGUUUCUCCCAGAAAUUUGUCAAGCAUUUAUGAUGUCUGCGACCCUUACAGCAGAUGUCAAAGCAUUGAAGAAAAUGGUGUUGCAAAAUGCAGUAACUUUAAAGCUAGAAGAGCCCGAAUUACCUCAGAUGAUGCAGCUGACGCAGUAUCAUAUAAAAUGCGAAGAUGAGGAGAAAUUUGUUUUGACGUAUGCUUUAUUAAAACUAAAGUUGAUUCUUGGAAAGUCAAUAGUUUUUGUGAAUUCUGUGGACAGAUGUUACAGAUUGAAAUUAUUUUUAGAGCAGUUUGGAAUUAAUUGUUGUGUAUUAAAUUCUGAAUUGCCAGUAAGUUCUAGGUGUCAUAUUGUUUCACAGUUUAAUGAAGGAGUUUACAAUAUAAUUAUUGCUUCAGAUGAUAAGCUCUGUGAAGAGAUGAAAGAGAAGAAGAAAAAAGUUAAGAGGAUAAAAAGAGAUAAAGAAUAUGGCAUAUCAAGAGGAAUAGAUUUCCAGUUUGUGUCAAAUGUUAUAAACUUUGAUUUUCCUCCAAAUGUAGAUGCCUACAUUCAUAGAGUUGGAAGGACUGCUCGAGGAGAUAACAAAGGUACUGCAGUCUCUUUCAUUAGUAUUAAAGAAAUGCCGUUAAUGGCAGAAGUUGAAAAAUAUUUUCGUGAAAAUCAAGGUGAAGACGUCCAAACAAUUUUUAAACCUUACAACUUUAAAAUGGAAGAAAUAGAGGGUUUUCGAUAUCGAGCUAGGGAUGCGUUGAGAGCCGUGACCAGAAUUGCAAUAAGAGAAGCACGUCUGAAAGAAAUCAAAAAGGAAAUUCUUAAUUCCCAGAAAUUGAAAUGCUACUUUGAGGAUAAUCCAAGGGAUCUCCAGCUUCUUCGACACGACAAAGCUCUACAUAUAGUUAAACAUCAAGAGCAUUUGAAACACGUUCCUGAUUAUAUUGUUCCUCCUACCUUACAAAACAUAGUAAAACACGAAGAAAGAAAUAAAAGAAGAAAAGAGAAACAGAAAAAUAAUCCGGAACAAAAAUCGGUUAGCAAAUCAGCUAAACGGUUUAAGAAACGCCAGAAAGAUCCACUGAAAAGUUUCAAAUGUUAAAUUUAUUAAUUAUGAUAAUUUGCAAUUAAUUUUCAUGUUAAAUUUGUAUGUAUCUAAUGUGUUUUAUGUAUAUUAUCAUCAUUUACUUA